GACUGCGCAAGGAGCUCCUGUCUCGUGCAGCGUGCUUGUAUUUGCGGUAAUUCUAUAUAUCAAGCGCCGGUGCUGCUGGGAAAUAAAAUGAUGAUAAAAUAUGCAUAUAUUGACUGCCUCACGUACUCAGAUAAAAGGGUGACGAGAAUAAUACACAUUCCGAAAAUGGCGUGCAAAUGGAUAUCACAGGAGACCUUUGAUGCUGUCGUACUAGAAAAUAUUGCAGAGUUUGAUAUGGAACCGGAAGAAGCUUUAACUGAAGCCAUUCAACAGUUUGAAUCGCAGGGAGUCGACUUGACCAACAUAAUCAAGGCUGUGCGGAUACAAAGUGAGGAAGGUGACGCUGCUCCAAACCAUGAUAUCCUGCUGACAUUAGAAUCCUUGAGAAAUGCUGUGGGAACAUCUUCUAUAAGCAGUGUAUCAGAGCUUCUCGUACAGUUUGGAGAUCAGUGCAAGCAGAGCAUGGCACAUCGGUACCUUGCUGGACAGAAGUCUGCCUACCCUGUGGUACUGGAAGCAUGGAAACUGUGUGAGGGAGACAAAGAGACUCUUUUAAAUGCCCUUUAUGGUAUGUCUUCUCUCACUGAUGGGCAGCCUGAUUUUCUGGAGAAUGUGGGACAAGAACUGUUAAUUCGUACCCUGCAGAAUUACUCAAAAGAUGUUGAAGUGACUUUAUUUGCCAUUCGCCUUGCCCGCCAUGUAUGCCUAAAGCAUGAACAGAACCGCCAAAACCUUGUUAAGGCAGGAAUCUUGCGCCAUCUUACACAGGCCAUAUCAAAACAUGGCACGGACCCAGAUGUUGUACGUGAAGCAUGCUCUGCCUUGAGGAUCAUGACCUUUGAUGAUGACAUCAGAGUUCCAUUUGGACAGGCUCAUGACCACGCUAAAAUGAUUGUUUUGGAGAAUAAUGGCUUAAACUUAUUGAUAGAGGCCGCAAAAGGCUUCACAGAUAACAGUGUAGUCUUAAGUGAACUGUGUUCUACUGUUGCUCGACUUUGCGUGCGUAAUGAGUUCUGCCAAGAUGUGGUCGACCUGGGUGGGCUGAACUUUAUGCUGGCCCUGCUAGCUGACAGCAUCGAUCAUCAGGACCUUGUAAAGCAGGUACUGAGCGCCAUCAGAGCCAUCGCAGGGAACGAUGAUGUGAAAGACGCUAUUGUAAACUCCGGGGGAACGGAUUUGGUUAUCCUUGCGAUGACCAGACACCUCUCCAACACCCAGAUCUGUGAUCAGGGCUGUGCCGCCCUUUCUAUGUUAGCCCUUCGUAAACCAGAGAACUGUAAAGUCAUUAUGGAAGGAGGUGGGGCUUUGGCUGCUCUCCAAGCAAUGAAGGCUCACCCUAAGGAUUCAAUUGUACAGAAACAAGCCUGCAUGGUGAUCAGGAACCUGGUGUCCCGCACUCGCGAUUUCUCACAAUCCAUUCUGGAAAUGGGAGCAGAGUCUUUAAUUCUCCAAGCCCGCAGCACUCACAAGGACUGUGACGAUGUCGCCAAAGCUGCUCUGAGGGACCUAGGAUGUGAAGUAGAGCUAAAAGAGCUAUGGACUGGCCAGAAAGGCAGCUUGGAGCAGUAACCUCAGUAUACCUUAUACCCAUAUUAAAAAAAAAAAUUGCCAAAUGUGAUGCCUUCAGUGUAUCCUUGAUAGUAAGAGCAAAUUCCUAUUUAUUUUAUUUUAUGACAUGAUAUAUCUCAUUUAUUACUCUGUUUCCUUGCAGUAUCGAAUGUCUUCACAUAAUUGCCUAAGCCCACUUUCUGCAUUUGCUUGUUGCAGCAUUAAAAGUGCAGCUACAGUUGUAUUACAGUACCUUUACAUGGACUGAUAGAACAGGCAGUGAUAUAGAAUACGUUCUUGAUCAUUGCCUACCCGUUAGCAGCAUUGACCACCAAUGUCUGGGGGUGAAAGACUGUUACUGCAAUUGUUCACCCCCAUACAGAUUCAUUGUUCAUCGGCAGCACAACAUGGCGACGUGCAGUAGACAAAUCAGCAUUUUUUUUGUGCCGCAUAAAGGAUGCGAUCUGAUACAAUCAGAUAAUUGGCUUGUUUAAAAGAGCCUUUAAAUGUUGAUCAUGAAUAUGAGCCCCUGAGACUUUGUGGUCAUGCACUGUCUUCUGGCAAGUGGAAGAAAACAAGCUUAGGUCUCAUGCACAUGACUGCAUGUAUUUGUGGGUGAUGUCCGUCUUGCAUCUGUUUAGUUUUUUUGCAGACCCAUUGACUUAAAUGGGUCCAUGGUCCACGUUGUGCGGCCAAGGAUUAUCCGUGUUCUUUCCGCAUCCAUAUGGCCGUUCCAAAUGCAACAUGUGCAUGAGGCCUUAUCCCUGAGACUGUGAGAGUUACACUUUGUUCUUUAUCCAUACAGGAAUUCAAUCAAACACCAUUUCUUAAAUCUUCUUAUAACGGCAAACAACUUUUCUUUUGAAUUCACUGUUUGGAUCUUUAAUGUAUUCUUUUGCUGCAUCUAUAGACUGAAAAGUCACUGACUGUGUCAAAUUUGGGUAAAUUUGAGUAUGGGGUGACUGGGGAAUGCUGGUUAGCUAUUCACUGUGGAUGCCAUAAUCAUCUUUGUUAUUUCUAUGCUCACUGAUCCAAACAGUGAGUCUCCAAUCAAUAGAGAUGAGCAAUAGAGAUGAGCAAAAGAAUGGAGAAAAUAUCCAAACCGAGAUUUUCACACAAGUUCUAAAAGUAGAUAAAGAUAACCAAGCAAAGUCAAAAUAUUAGACUUCAAAGGGGUUAUCCAAUUUCAAGAACCUCCCCCCCUCACAAGUGCCGGGCCCCUCACAGGUAAUUUACUUACCCCGGUCCUGGCGUCUCUCCUAGUCCCCGAAACACUGCUG